AUGUCGACCCCUGCGCCGCCCGAGGAACAGGCUCGUCUGCUCGAGGAUGCCCUCAUCGCUGUGCGCCAGCAGACAGCCAUGAUGCGCAAGUUCCUCGACACGCCAGGGAAGUUGAUGGACGCGCUGAAGUGCUGUUCUACUCUCGUGUCCGAGCUUCGCACCAGUAGCCUGAGCCCAAAACAGUACUACGAGCUGUACAUGGCGGUCUUUGACGCCCUCCGUUACCUUUCAGCCCAUCUUCGCGAGAACCAUCCUGUCAACCACCUCGCCGACUUAUACGAGCUUGUGCAGUAUGCCGGCAACAUCAUCCCCCGUCUUUAUCUGAUGAUCACCGUCGGGACCGCCUAUAUGUCCAUUGACGGUGCCCCUGUGAAGGAGCUGAUGAAGGACAUGAUGGACAUGAGCCGCGGCGUGCAGCAUCCUGUUCGCGGUCUCUUCCUGCGCUACUACCUCUCGGGCCAGGCUAGGGACUACCUCCCGACUGGAGAUUCAGAUGGCCCAGAAGGAAACCUCCAAGAUUCCAUCAAUUUUAUUCUCACAAACUUCGUCGAGAUGAACAAGCUGUGGGUUCGCUUGCAACACCAGGGCCACUCAAGGGAACGGGAUCUUAGGACACAGGAGAGGAGAGAGCUUCAGUUAUUGGUUGGCAGCAAUAUUGUCCGGCUGAGCCAGUUGGUGGACCUGCCAACAUACAGGGACAGCAUUCUCGGACCCCUUCUGGAGCAGAUCGUUCAGUGUCGUGACAUCCUGGCCCAGGAAUACCUUCUCGAGGUCAUCACUCAAGUCUUCCCCGACGAAUACCAUCUCCACACUCUUGACCAAUUCCUUGGGGCUGUCUCCAGGUUAAACCCUCACGUUAAUGUCAAGGCCAUCGUGAUCGGUAUGAUGAAUCGGCUUUCAGAUUAUGCCGAGCGAGAAUCCCAAAAUGAGCCAGAAGAGGAUCGGGCGAAACUGGAAGAGGAAGCCCUGGCGAAACUUCUCGAGAAGACUAAGCUGGGGCAAAAUUCUGAGCUCGAGCCGCAAAAUGGCGAUCACCCGGAUACUGAAGUUUCUUCAACUACGGAUUCAGCCCAGGCGCCGUCAACCGCGGACUCCGAUACAACUGCGGUCAACGGGGAGGAAGAGCCAGUCAGGAAACGCCGAGGCAUCCCCGUAAAUGUCCCGCUUUACGACAUCUUCUUCGACCAAGUGCAGCAUCUGGUGCAGGCGCAACACCUCCCCAUUCAAGACACCAUUGCCCUGUGCUGCUCACUGGCCAACCUGUCUCUCAAUAUUUAUCCCGAGAGGCUAGACUAUGUGGAUGGAAUCUUGGCAUACGCCUUAGCUAAGGUCAAGGAGCAUGCCAACAGCGCAGACUUGCACUCCCAGCCCGCUCAGCAAAGCCUGCUAUCUUUGCUGCAAAGCCCUCUGAGACGAUAUGUUUCUAUUUUCACCGCGCUGUCGCUUCCUACCUACGUUUCACUCUUCCAAGCCCAGACAUAUCCGACUCGGCGUGCCAUCGCGGGGGAAAUUGUCAGGACUUUGCUGAAGAACCAGACACUAAUCUCAACACCUGCGCACCUUGAGAACGUCCUAGAAAUCCUCAAGGUCUUGAUCAAAGAAGGCUCGCAACCUCCGGCCGGCUAUCCGGGCGUUGUGCAGCCUAGGGCUCGGCCACUUGAGACAGACGAGACAAUGGAGGAGCAAGGGUGGUUGGCACGCCUUGUGCACCUAAUCCACUCAGACGACAAUGAUACCCAGUUCCGUUUGCUCCAGAUGACAAGGAAAGCAUAUGCCGAGGGUAAUGAGCGUAUUCGGACUACGACCCCGCCUCUAAUCACCGCUGGUCUUAAACUUGCGCGCCGCUUCAAGGCUCGUGAGCACUAUGAUGAUAACUGGUCAUCGCAGUCUUCAUCCCUAUUCAAGUUCCUCCAUUCUGCCAUCUCAACUCUGUACACCCGGGUUAAUGGGCCUGGAGUGGCAGAUCUUUGCCUGCGCCUGUUCUGCUCCUGUGGACAGGUUGCGGACAUGACAGAAUUUGAGGAGGUUGCCUAUGAGUUCUUUGCCCAGGCGUUUACUGUUUACGAAGAGUCAAUCAGUGACUCGAAGGCUCAGUUCCAGGCUGUCUGUGUCAUUGCCAGCGCCCUGCAUCGCACUCGAAACUUUGGUAGAGAGAACUACGAUACCCUCAUUACCAAGUGUGCUCAGCACGCUAGCAAGCUGCUCCGCAAGCCUGAUCAGUGCAGGGCAGUCUAUCUCGCUAGCCACUUGUGGUGGGCUACGCCCAUUGCGGCCAGGGGAGAGACAGAAGAUACCGAGCUCUACCGUGACGGCAAGCGCGUCCUCGAAUGCCUCCAGCGCGCGCUCCGUGUCGCAGACUCGUGCAUGGAAACGGCUACAUCUAUCGAGUUGUUUGUCGAGAUUCUUGACCGCUAUGUCUACUACUUUGACCAGAGGAACGAAUCGGUCACAACCAAAUACCUCAACGGGCUUAUCGAGCUCAUCCAUUCCAACCUGGCUGGCAAUCAACAAGACUCAGCGUCGGUCGAAGCUAGCAGGAAACAUUUCAUCCAGACGCUCGAGAUGAUCCAGAGCAAGGAAUUUGAAGGUAUCGUGGUGGCGCCCAAGUGA